UAUAAUAUCUUUCAAUGUUAAAGCUAUGUAGCUAAAUCCUUAACUGAGUGUACUGGUCUACCAAAUUAUAAUAUUCAAAAUAACACUAAAUCCAUUAGAAUAAUAAAGUGAACUUUGGAACUGAAUAUAUGAAAGGAUUAACGAAUGGUUUUUUUUUUUAUAUAAAAUAUCAAUGUUUCUUCUAUGUUAAUUUAUUUGUUGAACAAUCAUUAUUUCUUUAUUUAAAUAAAUGUUAGGAGGACGCUACACCCAUAUGUAUGUACACCACAACAUAGUUUGUGUUAAGCAAAAUUAAUUUUAUAUUGCUAGUUUAAAUCGGGGGCGUCAUUUUUUCAUGGGAUGCAAAACCAAUAUUGAAAAUCUAUUCAAUCUAUUAUUAAUAGUAAUACCAGUCACUCACAUUGUAUAGAGUCAUCCCAUGAAUUUUUUUCAACACAGUUUUUUUGUAAAUGUAGAUCAUUUUAUUGAAAUUAUAGUAUAAAACAAAUAACAAUAAUUUUGUUCGUGGGAUGCAUUUAUACACCCUUGCAUCCCACAAAUGACGCCACUGGUUUAAAUAUGAGUAGAUUUACCUUUUAUUAAACUUAAGUAAAAUUAUCAUUUUAAAGUGAGUUAUUGUUGUGUAAAAUAUUAAUAAAAACCUAUGAGGCCUAGAAAUAAUAUUUUUACCUUUAUGAUGAAUAAGUUUAUUGUCGAAUGUAGACUAAACAAUAUGCAAAAGGCCAAAAUAAGUUUUCAAUGCCUACAAUUAAAAUAAUAACUAAAUGUGUAAAAGAAAAAUAUGUUUUGCCAAUAAUUAAUUGUACAGCGAACGAACAGGCCAAUGAAACUGUGACGCUGAGCAAAUAUCAGGUAAUUUAAUACUAAUAUACCUAAAGUAAUAUUAAACUAACAAAAAUGCAUCACCAAUAUCUGUGAUAAAAUAUUUAUUUGUACACUAGUUAAGAUAAAUUAAAUGAUGCCAUUUAUCCUAUCCUUAAACUCUUUAAUAUAAACUUUACGCAUUCAGUGUACUUUUUCCCAAAUGUAAUAAUAAUAUAUGGUUUUUUUGUAAGCUAACAAAUCCCUGUGCAAUUCCCUAAUCUUUAAAAUGCAAAAUUAAAAUAUUGGGUUCGAGAUGCAUAGCCUCUGGUGUAUUAUCCACAUCAACGUUGAACCUACUUGAAUAAAAGUUUAUGCCUAUAUAUUAUAAAGCAAUGGUGACCAAACUACGGCCCGCCAUCAUUUAAUAUCUGAGCCGCGAAAGAACUAUAUUUUAUAUUUACGUAAAAAAAGUUUGGCCACCACUGUUAGAGUAUAAUUAUUUUAUUAUUUUCAUAUAUGUUUAAUUCAAUUGGUAUAGUUAGGUACCAUAAAUUCAUUGUAUUUUCUUGCGUUUGCACUCUCUAUAUUUCAAAAGUAAACGAUUUCCUCCCUUCUUAUUGACUUCUUGAAUGAACACCUACUUAGUAGGUACUUACCUCAAUAUCAAACCAUAAUGUUCUAUAAUUUUUAUGGUUUUAGAUUGGAUUAGGCUCUUUCGUCAAGUAUUGAAAACAUGUUAACUGUGCAUUCGCUUCGCAUAUAAAUUUAUUGAAAAUGAAUACGAUACACUAAUAUAGUAAUAUGGUUACUCAUUGUUGGGUUGCCGUGACAACCAUAUUAAACCCACAAAUGUACAAACAUUGCAGCCAUUAUAAAACUUACAUUUUUAUGAUUAAAAUCUAAAACUACUUCACAGUUGUAUACAAUAUACAAGUUAUAUUCUUCAAUGGAAAGUUAUAAAAUCUUGGAACGGAUCGGGGAAGGAACACAUGGACAAGUGGUUCAAGCCAUGGAACGGUCUACUGGUAAAAUAGUCGCUAUUAAGUGCGUACGUUCAUCAGAUAAAGCGUCAAAGAACUUACUGCGUGAAAUCGAAUCACUGAAAGCGCUGGAUUCAGAUUACGUCGUAAAGCUGUUGGAUAAUUUCUGUCACAGUUUCAGUUUCUAUUUGGUACUAGAGUUCGUAGCGUCCGGCUUGCCAGAGAUGUUGUACGAUGAUGACUUAGUGCUUGACGAUUCCCAUUUGAAGACAUACGCUCGUAUGCUCCUUGCGGGUGUAGUCCACAUGCACACCACCAACAUCGUGCACAGGGAUCUGAAACCGGCGAAUUUACUGAUAAGUUCCGAAGGCGUAUUAAAAAUAGCAGAUUUCAGCUUGAGUCGUCUGCUACUGACAACCCCGGCUGCCGACAACGAUGUCGAUGAACAACACAGCGGACGCAACCGAUGUUACACAGGCCAAGUAGCGACACGCCGAUACCGUGCUCCUGAACUCUUGUUCGGCUCUGUCCACUACGAUCAGUCAAUUGAUAUGUGGUCGGUCGGUUGCAUUUUAGCAGAAAUGCAAUUGAAAACUCCUUUAUUUGCGGGAGAUUCUGACAUGGAGCAAAUUGCCAUCGUUGUACAUAAUUUAGGGACUCCAACUGAUGAAACUUGGCCAAAUAGGAAUGAAAUGCCAGAUUACAAUAAAUUGAAGUUUACAAAGUGUGAUCCAGUGCCAACAAAUGUAUUGUUGCCUGAUAUUGAUGAAUUGUUAGUCGAUCUAGUGGGAAAAUUAAUUUUAUACAACGCAGAUAAAAGAUUGAAUGCAUAUGAGGCAUUACUUCAUCCUUAUUUUUUUAACGAACCAUUGCAAUGCUUAGAACAUUUAAUGCCAAAACCACCAAAGGAUCAUAGACAAAAACUUAUGCAAAAACCUAUCGAAGUAAUUGAAAGUUUGGAAAAAAAUUUUAGUUGUUUAUACAAAAUACUUGAUGAGAUGGUGUAAAUUUGUAAUUAUAUUAUAUUGUUUUGGAACAUUGAAUCAAUAAUUCAUGAUAAUUCACAAAGGUACUUUUCAAUCGUUUUGUAUUCAUACAUAAUUAAUAACUAAAAAUAAAAGAUUGUUUCAGAGUA